AUGGAGCCUACCAAGAGGGUUAUGCUUCAAGUGGGCGACCGGCACUUCCCAACAACUGUUGGAACGCUGACUCAAUGUAGUGAGUACUUCACAGCCAUGUUUUCAGGAAGAUGGUGCCUUGACAAGCAGGAAGAUGGCUCUAUCUUUGUCAAUGGGAACCCAAAGCUCUUUGAGCAUCUUCUGGAGUUUCUUCUAAGAGGAGUUUUCCUGCUGGCCUAUGACAAAUGCAAGGGCCAUGACUACCUCUUUUACACUCAGAUCUUGGAGGAAGUGAAGUAUUUUGACUGUCCCUUACUUGUCUUGUGGUUGGAAGAUGGGUGUUAUGAGAAAGUCCUUCUGGGAGAUGAUGAGCUGGAAUUUGAAAUGGAGAGGACUACUACUGGAUGGCUUGUUGUUAGAGAGGAACUUACCAUUGACAGAGGUUGGAUGACAGACAGUGGAUCAAAAUUCGUCGCCUUCAAGCAGUGA